AUGGACGACGACCUAAACGAACGUUCCGAUGAAGUUCUGAAAACAAAGCAUAGGGGCUUAUCGGUCAUCCACGAUCCCUCAUUGAACCGCGGCAGUGGCUUUUCUGCCGAUGAAAGGGAGCGGCUGCUUUUGAGAGGUUUAGUUCCUCCGCGCCAACAAGCUCUGGAGCAGCAGAUCCAACGGGUCAUGACAACCUUUUCAAGGCAACGCACCGACUUAGAUAAAUUUCAGUUCCUGUCCAUGUUGAUGGAUAGGAAUACUGUGCUGUUCUACAGAAUACUCAUGGAUAACUUUGAGAAGCUCGCACCAAUUGUGUAUACACCGGUUGUUGGGGAAGCCUGCCAAAGGUUUCAUGCCAUUUACCGCCGUACUCGAGGGAUGUAUUUCAGUGUUGAGGACCGCGCUCAUUUUAGAACAAUGGUCUACAACUGGCCGGUUGAUGACGUCGAUGUGAUUGUUGUCACAGAUGGUUCUCGAGUCCUAGCGCUUGGAGAUUUAGGUUGUAACUCUAUGAAUAUCCCUAUUGGCAAGUUGUCUCUCUACGUUUCCGGUGCAGGUAUCUCUCCGACAAAUACCCUCCCGGUUGUGUUAGAUGUGGGAACUGACAACGUAGCACUGCGUGAUCAUCCUCUUUACUUGGGGCUGCCUCGGAAAAGGCUCAGAGGAGACGAGUACAUAAGCUUGAUUGAUGAAUGGAUCAGCGCAGUGCGCCACCGAUGGCCGAAUGCGCUUAUCCAGUUUGAAGAUUUUAGCAGCGACGUCGCAGCCACUCUUCUAAAGCGAUACAGACACAAACAUGCGCCUCUGUUCAACGAUGACAUCCAAUCAACUGGUUGCAUUGCAGUGGCCUCCGUCCUUUCGUCAUUACGGGCGCGCAGUAUGCAAUCAGCUGACAUCACAGGCGAGAGGAUACUUUGUGCUGGGGCUGGUUCAGCGGGGUUAGGUGUGUGCGAAGCAAUCGCACAGGCGAUCGAAGCGGAGGGUGCGACGCCGGAAGAUGCCUACGACCGAUUCUACGUCGUGGACGAAAAUGGCUUACUGGGGGCCAGUACGGACUCCAGGAAAGACUGCCCCACACGGAGAAAGUUUCAACGAUCCGACUUGGCGGCUGGCAUGCCCCUAGGGGAGGUGAUUGAUACGGUGAAGCCAACAGUGUUACUUGGUCUGAGCGGACGUGGUGGGCUGUUUACAGAGGAGGUGGUGAAGAAAAUGGCAAAGCACGUGGUCCAGCCCGUUAUUUUCCCAAUGUCCAAUCCGUCUACUGCUUCAGAGUGCACGGCGGAGCAAGCGUUUCAGUGGACUUCUGGUCGAGCGAUUUUUGCGUCCGGAUCGCCUUUCGGGAACGUGACGAUGCCCGAUGGGGAGGUGAAAUACUCCAACCAGGCAAACAACGUCUACUCGUUCCCUGGGUUGGGUCUCGCCGUGACUGCUCUGAGAAUUUCGUGUGUUACAGAUUCUAUGUUUCUCGCUGCGGCGAGGACGAUUGCGACGCUCCUACCUGACGAGGAGGUGAAGAAGGGUUUGCUGUUUCCGGGCGUGAAGAAGCUGAGAGCUGUGAGCGUGGAGGUGGCUGCAUCCGUGGCGCAAGUUGCCAUAAAUCAGGGACUGACGGGCCAGGCUCUCCCUGAUAGUGCGUUGCAAUCUCGCGAUGGUCUGAAGGAAUUCUUGCGUGAGCAGAUGUGGGAGCCGAAGUAUGGCCACAUAGUGGCUGGAUAAGGGAAGCGGAGGAGGCGUAGAUUAAGUGAUUCGGAAUGUGAGGUGAGGAUCAGGUAUUACAGAGACGCGACCACGUCGGGCGGGUCAGGGUGUGUAGACGACUUGGCUCUUACCGCGAAUGCGGCUGGUAGCAUACGCCUCGAAUUCUGCCGCGCUUCAAGGUCACGGUCGCCUUUUCCUUGUUCACAUUAACGGAGGCGAUUUGUCGUCUAGUGUGCAAGGCGCAGCCGUGAAAGCCUAGAGACGAGGGUUCCGUACGUUCUUCAUGUGAAGAUACUGAACACAGCCUUGAGAUCUCAUGCCAUGACAGGUGUGGCCGUGGAGUGGUGAGAUUUUUGUGGAUGAGACAGUUUAAGGAGCGUUUCCGGGCCCGCACAUAAAUUCUCAUGGAAAGAGGCAAAUUUCUAGGCCACUCA